AUGAAUUUGGGUCGUGGGCAUCGUGCGAGUAGCAAUCCCAAGAUCAGACAGAUAAAGGGUCGUCCAGCAAUUGGGUUGAAUCCUGAUUCUGUUUUGAUAUUCAGACUACCCAAUUCGCGAGUUUUGGGUAUAAUCUCGAGGUCAUUGUUUUUGGCUUUAUUCAUUCUCGUAUUGCCUUCAAUUGGGUCGCUUGUAAGAGAUGCGUCUGAGGAAGAUUCUCAUGAUUUUCUACCCAUGGUGUUCAAAGAUCUAGUGGUUGAAGGUCUUUACAAAGAUGGACACAAGGGUCUCCUUCUGAGCUCUGGAAUUGGUGAUCUAUUUGACAGUUUAUGGUUCUUGAAAGACUAUGGAAUUGAUCUUGUUACUGAUUCGGAUGCGGAUCGACAAAUGGUGAUCCCUAAUGAGGUGUUUGAUUUUGUAUUUGCUUCGAGUUUUGAGAACAUGAAGUUCAUCAAUAGGGUUGUGAAGGUUGAUGGAAUUGUAGUUAUGCCACUAGGGAACUAUUAUGAUCGAUCUUAUGAGUUCUUGAAACAAUCGAAUUAUAAGAUUGCGUAUCUUAGACAGUUUGAUUCGAUUACUGUGGUAGCAAUGAGGAAGAUAGAUUGUGAAGGGGAAGAGAAUGUGUUUGGUGGAUGA